CAUGAACAAAAAAAAAAUGGCAUAUCAUAAAUAUAUUUAUAAGUAAUCAGAAUAAGUGACUAAUAGAAUAAUUUAAAUUUACUCAUUCUAUUACUUUAUCAAACAGUUUUCUUUGAUUGGAGAAUAUAAUAAUAUUUCAUUACCAUUAAUAAUACUGUAAUGGAUUGGAUAUGCACUAAAUAAUUUUAUCGUUAAUGAUGUACAAGAAAGAAUGAUAAGUUAUUAGGUGUAAUUGAUUUAUAUAGGCUUAUUUUUUUAGCUUAUCAUUGCUGGUAUUUUUGUGAUUGUCGAUAUGUCUUUAUUUUUAAGAUAUUCUCAUAUCAUAGAAAUGAUAUUUAUUCAAUCAUUUUUAACAAUAAUUAUUGCAUUUUUGGGUUAAAAAAAUUUUGUUCUGCAUUUGCUUCUUUAUUUUUGAAGCCUUUAUCUUAAUUGUUUUGAGUGAAAAUUAUAUUUCACUAUUUUUUGCCUUUAUAGUGAUGACUUAUAAUAUUAAUUAUUGCUACUGUUUGGAGGAGUAGUUUGUGGCUUGUUUCAAUUUGAAAAAUAUCUUUUCAAGUUAAGCUAAGGAAUCACAAUUAUUAUAUAUCUAUUUCCUAAACAUGUAAAUUUAUAAUUAAGUUUGAUAGAUUUUAUAAAAAUUUCAUGAUGAUUAUAAUAGAACAAGAUGUUUAAGUGAUAAAAUAGAGAAUGUUACAAUUUUAUUUGCUGAUAUUGCUGGGUUCACUGAAUAUUCGAGUUAGGUUACACCUGAAGAAGUCUUGCUUAUGCUUAAAAAUCUGUUUGUUGAAUUUGAUCGAAAAUGUUAUGAAUUAAAUGUUUAUAAAUUAUAUACAAUUGGCGAUUGCUAUGUGGCAUUCGGCAUGAUUGAUUACAAUGAAAGAAAUCCAACAGAAGAAGCCAAAAAUAUUGUCGACUUAGCAUAUGAAAUCAUAAGAAUUAUAGAAAUUGUAAGGAAACAAAUUAAUUUGAUGGGCUUGAUAUGAGGAUAGGGAUUCAUACAGGGUGUGUUUUUGGAGGGAUGAUGGGAACUGAUAUAGUGAGAUAUGAUAU